CCUCUCCCCAUGGUCUCAGGCCUUGCCAGAUCAGAUCCCCGCCAGCCCACGGAUCGGAUCAGCUGGGGUGAAGCAGCUGGGAAGCUAAUUCUGGGAGGAGGCCCUCUCGGCUGGCCCGGGAGUCACGUCCUGGUGCCCCUGGGGCCGGCGCCAGACCCGUGGGGCGGGGGAAUCCGUGCCCUUGCCAAGGGACGACAGGUGCCGGGGGCUGUGACCCGGGCGCGGUUUGAGACUGGGAAGCAGGUGAUCCAGUACCAGACGGUGCGCUAUGACGUGCUCCCUCUCUCCCCGGCCGCACGCAACCGGCUCACCCAGGUGAAGCGGAAGGUCCUCGUGCUGGACCUGGACGAGACGUUGAUCCACUCCCACCACGAUGGGGUGAUGCGACCCACGGUGCGUCCCGGGACCCCUCCCGACUUCAUCCUCAAGGUUGUGAUAGACAAACACCCCGUCCGCUUUUUUGUACAUAAGAGGCCGCACGUGGAUUUUUUCCUAGAAGUGGUGAGCCAGUGGUACGAGCUGGUGGUGUUCACGGCCAGCAUGGAGAUCUACGGCUCCGCGGUGGCUGACAAGCUGGACAACAACCGGAGUAUCCUCAAGAGAAGGUAUUACCGGCAGAACCCCCCAAACUUACCCACCCCCCUUUAUUUUCCAGAUCCACCCCCGAACCUCAAAGCAGAGACGCAGCCCCCCGAGAAGCGGCGGCGAACCAUCGAGGACUUCAACAAAUUCUGCAGCUUUGUCCUGGCCUAUGCCGGCUACAUCCCAUCCACCAAGGAGGAAAGUGACUGGACCCCUUCGGGCUCCAGCUCCCCCCUGCGCCCGGAGAGCGUGGCGGACAGCGACGGCUGGGAGUCAACCCACUCGGAUCUGCACACCAUUGAGACCUUCGUCAAGAAGGCCAAGUCCUCCAAGAAGAAGGCCUUCCGCCGCCUGAAGGCGGACAGCUCCCUGCUGGAGAAGAUGAAGCUCAAGGACUCCCUCUUUGACCUGGAUCCGGCCGGCCGGCAGCCGCCGGCGCCCCGGGCCGGCCCGCCGGGGGACAAGAAGAAGGAGAAGCGGUGCCGGCGGGCGGGAGCGGCCCCUGAGGCGGCCCGGCGCGGCCGGGGGGACUCGGCGGGCGAGAAACGCUCGCGCAUCAAAAAGAGCAAGAAGCGGAAGUUGAAAAAGGCCGAGAAGAAGCUCAAGGCCUCCCUGAGCGAGACGGACUCGGAGGAGGAGGGGGCGGGGGGGGCGGUGGCGGCACCGCGCCGGGGUGGGGAGGAGGAGGCCCCCUCCCCGGAGGAGCUGCUGCCAGAGGGCGGCUUCCCGGAGCCCAAACUGGGGGGCGGGGAGGGCAAGGAAUGCGGCAGCACCGAGACCAGCCAGGACGGUGACGGCAGCUCCAGCGAGGGGGAAAUGCGGGUCAUGGACGAGGAUAUCAUGGUCGAGUCAGGGGACGACUCCUGGGACCUGAUCACCUGCUACUGCCAGAAGCCCUUCGCCGGGCGGCCCAUGAUCGAGUGCAACCAGUGCGGCACCUGGAUCCACCUCUCCUGUGCCAAGAUCAAAAAGACCAACGUCCCGGACAUCUUCUACUGCCAGAAGUGCAAAGAAGGGGCCCGCAAGGCCGCCGCUGCCGCCGCGCCGGCCCCCCGGGGCGGGGGGGAGCCCUAG